AUGGUGCCUCCCAAGAAACUGCAGAGUGAUAUCGGGAAUAACAGCAAUAAGAACAAUAUGCCCUUCAACAAGAGAGACUCGGCUAUGGGUAAGGCCGAUGGAAAGGGUCAAAAUGGCACUCGAUCUGGUUUCCGGACAGAUACUGCUAUUUCCAACAGCCGCCUGGGCAACGAGCGAACCCUUCAGCCAUGGGUCCCCGAUUCCUCUGACGGUAUCGACGGCAGUCUAGAGAAGUCCUCCAGCAGCGGAGCUUGGGAUCAGUUUGCGGAGAAUGAGCGGCUCUUCGGCCUGAAGACUGACUACGACGAGAACAUAUACACUACUACUAUCGAUAAGAGUCACCCUCAGUACAGGGAGCGUAUGGCCGCUGCAGAACGUAAAGCACGAGAGAUCGAACGCAGCUUGCCCACCACGGCCCAUGUUGCCGAGGAGCGUGUAAUGGAUUUCAUUGGUGGCGGUGGUAACGACCAAGGUGGGGAUGAAGAGGACAAGUACAGUGGAGUUCGCCGCCAGGAUUUCCCCCCUCUUUCAACCCGCGAGAACAAGUACACCCCUCCAGCUAAGCGGGCACCUUCUUCGCAAUCGACAGUAGCAGGUGCCCCUGUCGAUCCGGCGAUCAUCUCAUCGCAGCUUAGAGCGCCCACGAAAAAGCAGACUACGGUUAAACCAGAGGAUGCGAAGCUUUUAAGCCAAUUGGCAAGCAAGGGCGGUGCUGCCCAGUCUGCAGAAACACCCAAGCCUGUUGAAUCGAAACCCGCCGCGAAGUCUGCUCCUAAGCAAGAGCCAGUCAAACAAACCGAGCCCAAGCCAUCGGAUGCCAAGGCGACUGCCACCAAAACUAGCGACGUCAAGGCUCUUGACAAGUCCCCUGUCCCGACUCGUCCCUCGGCGGCCACCAGUCGUACUAUAUCCCCCCAAGUUAAGGAGGGCGCACCAAGUGCCGCCUCAACGGUAGAGCGUGAUGUACUCAAUUCUUUCAAGACCUUUGCAAGCCAGCAGCGGCAAAAUGCCGAAAAAGUGCGAAGCAGUAAGGCAAAGGCUGAUAAGGAAGUCAAGUUGACGGAGUUGAAGAAGUUCGCCGACACUUUUAAGCUGUCCACACCUGUCCCGACUGACUUGAUUGGUAUCAUUGCUAAGGAUCCAGCUAAACAAAAGGAGAUCCAGGCAAAGGCACUCUUGAACGCUGAAGAAGUUGCUCGCGCGAAGGCAGAUCCUACUACAAAGCCAAAGGACACUCCGUCAAAGGAGGGUGCAGCUAAGCCGGCUACUGACUCUCCAGCAACCCAGUCUGCUACUGCUGCUACUGGAACCGACACAAGAAGUACUGGCCGCCCAACUCCUGCACAGCACACGGUUUCUCCUUCCAAUGUACCGAACCGUCAUCCCAAUGCUCGUCAGUCCUAUGCGUCUCCCCAGUAUCACGCCCAGACGUACAGAAACGAUAGAUCAGGACAGCAUAUGGCGCCACAGAAUCGCCAGCCGUUGGCACAGCGCCUCCGCAACGUAGAGCAGCAGAAAAUGUCGCAGGCUCCGAACCAGCAGCAUGCUGGCGGUCAGGAUGUUCGCCUGCCGCCGACUGGGCCAGCGAACAACGAUGCACCAUUCGCUCGACGUAUUAGUGGUGUUCCAAGCCACAUCGGCGGCAAGCUGAACCCCAACAGCCACGAAUUCAGGCCAAGCCCGUUUGCAGCAUCGUUUAACCCCAACAACCACCCCAGCGCAGGAUCCAGCCCUCGUUCUUCUGCGACUAACAACGUUGCUGCUACUGAAGCGGCAACCACAUCCAACCCAGCGCCUGCCGGCCAAUUGAUUCGCCGGAAGACCAAGGCGGUUGACGUGAAGAAGUGUUAUAUCCUCGCCCAUGUCAAGACGUUCCAGCCGCCUCAGGGUCGCAACUGGGAUGAUAACGAUGGCCUCAGGCCGUCUUACGACACUCCACCUACCUGGAGACAGCUUCAGGACAACGAAAAGCCCGAUUCCACCAUGCAUCUCACGUCGAAGGAGUUUCUCGAGCGCCAGUCUUUCGCCUCGUCGUCUAUGGCUACACCAAAUCACACCCACGUUGUGCCUAAUGCCCAUCAGCACCAGCUUCCUUUCCAUUUGCAGCAGCCUGCGCAUGGUAUGGGUCCACGCCAGUCUCCUCACAUGCCACCUAUGCCAAUGCAGAACCAACAUGGAGCACAUGUCCCCCAUGGACCGUACCAGAAUAUGGAUGACCACCGGAUGAUGCAUUCCAACUCAGCGCAGUCCUUUGCCUCCCCUCGGAUGGCCCAGGUGCCGAUUACCUAUACUCCGGCCAUGGGCUCCGCCCAAGUUCCUUACAAUCAGCCCAUGAUGCAACCAUUUGUAGGACCUGGUACGCCGAACAUGGGUGGCUUCCGAAACUUCUCCAACAACCAUCAGUAUAUGCCACAACAGCCUGGUGGGCCAAUGGGAGGACCAAUGAUGCCUCAGUUCAUCAACCCCCAGGGUAUGGUACCGGCUCCUCAGAUGCCGAUGUACGCUGGAGGCCACACUCAAUUCAUGCCUCCGAACGCUGCACCACCCCAACCUAUCCCAGGAUCCAACGGCUACCCUAGCCCCGGGCGACCAGUCGCGCCCAUGAUGGCUCACCAAGGUUCGCAGCAGGGUCAACCGGUGUACGGCAUGAGUCCCAACGUGCAGUACCAGCAACCGGCCUUUACCCCACAGCAACCCGGCGGUCAGGGUAAGAUAGUGCCUGGCGCCCGAUUCCAAUAA